GUGGUUCGCGGAUGCCUCAUCUGCAUAGGCCAGUGACAAAAUCCCGCAUCGCUUGCUCGUGUCCAUAAAGCGUGACCGUCUCAGCAGCAUUCACUAUGGAUUUUCUUCUUCUCGUCAUCUGGCUGCCCCUCAUCCGAGCCACGCCCGCCAACUACACCUUCAACCAGCUCUGGUCGCUGACCACCCACUUCUGGGACAACUUUCUCUACCCAGCCAACACCGCCCACAUCAACCCCAACGACACCACCAUCUUCGCUGAUAAUGUCCAAGGUCGCGUGGACGUCACCCGCACCUUCAGCAACCGCGACCUCAACAACGAGUAUAUCUUCGGGCUGUUCUCACAGCCCUCCCACCCCGGCAUUUUCGGGGUACCCAUUGCCUACAACAUCACCCAGUUCGCCGCCACCCAAGACACUGCGGUCUCCACCACGGUGAUCACCUUCAACAUCAGCACCUUUGAUCUGGUCAUCCCGGGCGUUAUCACCGCCUGGUUCCAAUUCAACUCCGCCGGCCAAGUCACGCAAUACGACGCCGUCUUCCGCUGGCUGGAUCUCCUCUUCAACCAGAUCCUCCAAGCGGCGGGGCGGCAAUUCCACACGUCAGACCCGGUGGGGAUCCAGUCGCGCGUGGCGGAUCUGUUUGCGCGGACCAUCUGUCAGACACAUGAGAGGCACUGCCUGGGGGCGAAUCGACAGUAUCCCUCUGAAGAUGCGUGUUUGGAGUUUCUCACGCAGCAGAUUCGGUUCGGACAGCCGUACGAGAUGGGUCGGAACACGCUGCUGUGUCGUGAGGUCCAUGACAAUAUGGUUCGGUAUAACCCGGACGUGCACUGCGCGCAUAUCGGACCGACCGGGGGAGAUUAUUGUGUGGAUGAUCAGACCUACGAUGGCGUGGUGCUGGAACGGUAUUUCCGGGACUCGUGGGUGCCGGAGAACUAUGCGCCCGAGAAUGUCUGGGUGGCAUGAGGGACCAAAAGGAAAAAAAGGUAGGGUGAA